CCCCUCACCCCGCCGAUGGCUUGCAAACCUGGGAGGUUGCGUGAGGCGGAGCUAAGGCGGAGCCGGAGCCAAGAGACCGAGCCGGAGGACAGGCUCGCCCGGCCUUUGCUUCAAGCCCCUCUCCCCUCCCUUCCCUUCCGCGUUAGCGGCAUGGAGAACCCUGAGGCGGCAGUCGCCGCCGCCACCAACGGGAAUUCCUCCGCUUCGAACCCGAGCGCCGCCUGUCUGGGCGGCUUCCGCAAAGGCACGAGGAGACUCUGCGAUUCCGAGGAGAAACCGCUGAGCGAUUCUCAGGCGGCCGGCGAGGAGCGGCCACCGCACCCGCGUUCACCUCAGUCGCCGGCGCGGUUGUCGUCUUCGGGCUCCGAGGAAGCGGUGCCGGACCACCCGGAAGGUCCCCAGCACUUGCCGCCGCUGCUGCCGCCGCCGCCGCCUCUCCCUCACCGGCGGCCGCAUCACCACCACCACCACCACCACCGGCGUCAUCAUUCCCCGCUGAACGCUUCUCCCCCCCAGAGGCGGCGCCGGCGGCGCAGCAACCGCCUCUUGCUCCUCGACCCCGGCGGCGCCGCGCUGAUGGACGCGGGCGGCGCUGCCGGGCUGCUCUACCCGCCGUUGGGCCGGUUGGAAGACGGGGUGGAAGAGGAGGAAGACGACGACGACGACGACGACGAGGAUGAGGACGACGACGAGCUGGACGAAGCGGGCGACGAGGAAGCCGCCGGCGACUUGGCCAGCAGCGAGAGCGCCGGCAGCGGCUUUUCCAUCCAAGGCUGCGUCCCGGCCGAGCGCCGCAAACGAGCCCGCGGAUCCGGGAGCGGGCUGAGCGGCGGGGGCAACUCGGCUUCCGCCCGCAGUUACGAGGUGGUCCGCGAGCUGGGAGCCGAGGAGGUGCGCUGGUUCUACCGCGAGGACCGCAAGAGCUGGAAGCCGUUUAUCGGCUACGACUCGCUGCGCAUGGAACUGGCCUACCGCGCCCUUCUGCUCCCCGACGACCAAGGCUCGUCCAGCCCCACCACCGGUAGGCCUGAGAAACUCGCGCCUUCUUCCAGCAUCCCGACCCCUGAGCCCGUUUGUGUCCGUGGCGGUCUCUACGAGGUGGAUGUUGCCAACUGCGAGUGCUACCCGGUCUAUUGGAACCAAUCUGAAAAGAUUCCUGUGAUGCGUGGACAAUGGUUUAUUGAUGGCACAUGGCAACCACUAGAAGAAGAAGAAAGUAAUCUGAUAGAAGAGGAACAUCUCCACUGUUUCAAGGGGCAACAGAUGCAGAACUUUGACACAAAUGUGUCAAAACCUAUAGAUAGAAAAGAGGUUGCCAACUACCUACCUACCUUCUCCCUCCAUUCUCUGUUCAAAUGGAGAGGAUAUAAGGAGAAUGCAGAGGCAACAGGGGUUAAACGCAAGUGGUCUGAAGCUGUUCAUAGUUUGAAGCUGAGUCGCAACCAUGUGGAUUGGCACAGUGUCGAUGAGGUAUAUCUAUAUAGUGAUGCAACAACUUCAAAAAUUGCAAGAACAGUCUCUCAGAAGCUAGGUUUUUCUAAAGCUUCAAGUAGUGGGACCAGACUUCAUAGAGGCUAUGUUGAAGAAGCUACAUUAGAAGACAAGCCUUCUCCAACAACUCACAUUGUAUUUGUUGUGCAUGGCAUUGGACAGAAAAUAGAGCAAGGAAGGAUUAUAAGGAAUACUGCCAUGAUGCGGGAAACUGCAAGGAAAAUUGAAGAGAAAUAUUUUGGCAACCUUGCAACACACGUUGAAUUCUUGCCAGUAGAAUGGAGAUCUAAACUUACACUUGAUGGAGACACUGUUGACUCUAUUACUCCAGAUAAAGUUCGUGGACUAAGGGAUUUGCUUAACAGCAGUGCAAUGGACAUAAUGUAUUACACAAGUCCCCUCUAUAGAGAUGAGCUGGUAAAAGGCCUUCAGCAAGAGAUGAAUCGUUUGUACACACUUUUCUGUUCCCGGAAUCCAGAAUUUACAGAAAAAGAUGGGAAAGUGUCUAUUGUAUCACAUUCCUUAGGGUGUGUGAUUACAUAUGAUAUCAUGACAGGAUGGAAUCCAGUCAGGCUCUAUGAACAGUUGCUUGAGAAGGAAUAUGAUGUUCUCGAGCACUCUUGGAUGACCUACGAGGAGCAGCGUUUGCUAGAAGAGUUUUACUUAACCAAGAAACAGCUGAGGGAGAUAGAAGAUAGAUUGCAUGGACUAAAGACAUCAACUGUAGCCAAAACACCUGCCUUAAAAUUCAAGGUGGACAAUUUCUUCUGUAUGGGAUCUCCAUUAGCAGUGUUUUUGGCCUUGCGUGGCAUCCGUCCAGGAAACAGUGGAUCUCAAGAUCACAUUCUACCCAGAAAAAUUUGUAACCGGUUGCUAAACAUUUUUCAUCCAACAGAUCCAGUGGCCUAUAGACUAGAACCUUUAAUUCUGAAGCACUAUAGUAAUAUUUCUCCUGUGCAAAUACAUUGGUAUAACACCACAAAUCCACUACCUUACGAACACAUGAAGCCAAGCUUUCUCAAUCCAGCAAAAGAAUCUACCUCUGUUUCUGACCCUGAACCUCUCACAACAUUACCCAGCCCAACAACAUCCCCUGUCAUGUCUCGGCGACAUUAUGGGGAGUCCAUAACAAAUAUAGGCAAAGCAAGCAUAUUGGGGGCAGCUAGCAUUGGGAAAGGCCUCGGAGGGAUGCUGUUCUCGAGAUUUGGACGUUCCAGUCUGCCCACCUCACAAGUGCCUGAGCCAGGAAAAGAAGGAACAGAAGUGGAGGACAAGAAGUCAGUUCUGAAUCAAACAUCAGUUGGGACUCAGACUUUUCCACACAGCAGUUCUGGCUUCCUAGAUCCAACAAUUGAGCUGGACCACCGGAUCGACUUUGAGCUCAGGGAAGGCCUGGUGGAAAGCAGGUACUGGUCUGCCGUUACAUCGCAUACAGCUUACUGGUCAUCAAUGGACAUCGCUCUUUUCCUUCUGACCUUCAUGUACAAGCAGGACCAAGAGGAGGAUGACAUCAGGCCCCACUUAGAUCCCGUUUGAUUAGGGAUAGGGCAGGAAUUAGGGAGGAGUGGGGAGGGGAGAAAGGAUGAAACAUGACAAUUGGCACAAAAACAGUCAGAACAACAUCUGUUUUUAAGGCAUGGUGGUUUCAGUUUAAAUGCAUGUCUGAUUUUCUUCCUUCCGAGAUUAUUUGUCCUUCAGUUGCACAUAUCCAUUUCUGUGCUAAUUGAGGCCUUCUUGAAAGAUCAUUCUCAGCUCCCACCCUUCCAGCUUUCAAACAAGCCAGCAGUAGUUGUUUUAGCAUUCAUGUAGAAUAACAUCUAUGUUAAAACAGAUUAACAUAUCUGUUUAAGAGUAGCUGCCUUUUUAAAAAGUACAGAGAUUAGUCUGUUACAAUGAAAUUUGUUUUCAUUUAAGAAAAAUGCCUGCAGAUCUAAAGGAGCCAUGUUCUGUGUCCUUUGUAUGAGUUAAAUUAAGAAGCAAAUGGGUAGUCGAUUGCCCUUGAUUGCAUUGAAACUCCGUCAAGUAAAUGGCAGGUACAAAGGGUGUAACACAACUCAUUCCAUGUACUAAAACUGGCAAGCAGUCCUUAAUGUUUGGAAAUAUUGUAACAAUAAUUUAUUAUUACCUCUUACUAUUUGUUUUCUCCAAUGUAUUAAAAAUGUUAGUUUUCUACAGUUUUUUCCUUUUCGUUUUCUUUGAAGCAGAGGAACAUAAUUUAAAAAACAACAACAUUAUUUUCUACAGUGUUAAGACUUUAUUCCUCAAAUGACCUAUGUCAUACCUUUGUACUAUUUCAACAGAGCUAUGGACACUAUGGCACACUUUUCAGUAUUUUUUUCAUUAAAAAUAAACUUUUGUGAUAUCACA